AUGCAGGCCAUGCGAGGGGCGCACACGUGCCGCCGUCACGCGAAAGUUGCGCCCGAACUUUCACGGCGCUACGGCCUUUACCUGCUCGGGCCGUCCACAGCACAGCACUCACACAACACUACGUGGCCGCUCGCGCGUGCACGCGUGCAACAUGGCCGUGCCAGUGCCCGCGGCAGCUAUCGACCGUGCGCCGGCCCGCGCCGCCCAGCGACUGACGCGCGGCCGGUGCGCGCGCAGCGGCCCGCCGGCGCCACCCCGCCCCCGCGCUCCCCGCGCCCACCAAACACCCCGCCCGCCCACCGAGCGAGGCCGCGUGCAAACAGCCGCAACUUUGGAAAAAUCACUCUUGCCGCGUCGCUUGAGGCCGCUGCAGACGGCAGAAUGCCGGUUACACCGAUUGAGUUCGUC